AUGGAAGGAUUUUUGGCCAAUCAAAUUAUCAGCAAUGAUUCAAUACUAAUACAACAGUUGUUUUCUCAAUCACAAUAUAAUUUUAUGAAACUAAAAUAUCAAAUGACUCCCCCACCUCCCCACGAAAAAUAUAAAAAAAAAGGAAUCAGAAAACCAGCUGACAGUGGUUACAAAUGGAAUUUUAGAUACAUUAAGAGAUACUUAGAACAAUCUGCUGUAUUAAAGGACCUUCCUUUAGAAAAAUUGACCUUUGUCAGUAGUUCUGAACUCCAAAGUAGUGCAAGCGCAGAAAUACCAGUGCAACAGUCAAGCUCUAUUAUUAUCACAAAUUUUGUAGAAGUUCUAUUAAUGUUGCAAAAUAUUUUGAUAGUUAAUAUGGCUUUGGUAUAUAAUGCAUCAAUAUCUAAAUCAAUCAAGUAUACAGAAAAUAGUUUUAUGAUAUCUUCUCUGUAUAGAGAAGAAGGAAAUCAAAUAAAACAAGAAAG